AUGUCUAAUCCUAUGGAUCAGCGCAUCAAUGUCCCCAUUGACGACCCCAACGCAGACACAGAAUGGAAUGAUAUUCUUCGAAAACAUGGAGUAAUUCCCGAGAAGCCUCCUAGCCCGACUCCCAUGAUCGAGGAGGCCAUCUUGGAAGGACGAAGAUUAGCGCAUGAGAACCGCCUUGAGGGCAAGGACCUUGACGAAUUGGACGAACUUGAAGAUGAAGAAGAUGAAGCUUUCUUGGAACAAUACCGACAAAAGCGCAUGGCCGAGUUGAACGGCCUACAAAAGAAGGCUUUGCACGGAACCGUAUACCCUCUUUCGAAACCCGAAUACCAGCGCGAGGUGACAGACGCAUCACAAAAUGGACCCGUCUUUGUCAACCUAACAUCUUCCAUGGGCACAAACGUCGAGUCCCGAGUCUUGAUUGAGCUAUGGAGACAGGCUGCGAGGGAGUACGGCGAAAUCAAGUUCUGCGAAAUCAGAGCGAGCCAGGCAAUUGAGAACUACCCCGAUCGAAACUGCCCGACAAUCCUGGUCUACAACAAGGGAGAUAUUGUCAAGCAAAUUGUGACGCUGGCGACUGUUGGGGGCGUCCGAACCAAUAUGCAAACGAUUGACAAUCUGCUGGUCGAGGUUGGCGCUGUUCCUGACUCUGAUUUGCGUGUUGUCAAGAGGAGGCGGGCUGCUGAGGAUGCUGAGGAGGAGCGUCUGGCGGGUAAGACUAUCAAGACGGGUACGGCUGGAAGAUCACGAAAUGUCGACAGCGACGACGACGACUGGGAUUAG